AGUCCAUCAGGUCUGUUGUUGGCCAACAAGGGUCAGGCCCAGACCUGGUGGCUGAGUGGUGGGGAAGGAGUUGUUCUCUGUGUACUGAGUUAACUAACAGGGAACGCAUGCAAUCCAGGGCUACCGGAGGCAUGAGAACAGUGCCGACUCAGCCCAGGAUAAAAGCAGACCAGCGAUUCAUCCUCUAGGGCCUGGGUCCAGUUGUGAUGUCUAUAGACAGCGUUACUUCGGAACUUGUGGGUUCCUUAAGGGGCUACAUUGCCUUUUGCACUUGUACCAGCCUGAGUGUGGGUGCCACUGGUUAUUAGCAGCUCAUCUCUACCCAGUGAUUUGGACAAGGCACUAGGUGGAGUUGACACUAAAGGUUAGUUUGCUUUCAUGGUAGGUCUGUAAGAAUCAAGUUGGCACAUGCCUUUAAUCCCAGCACUCAAGAGGCAGAGGCAGGCUUAUUUCUAUGAGUUCAAGGCUAGUCUGGUCUACAGAGUGAGUUACAGCCAGGGCUCCACAGAGGAACCCUGAAUAAGACUCUCGGUACCGUUUAUAUGUUUUCUCAUAUUUUCAUAUUUGGGGAUUAAACUAGAUGGUAGGUAUCUGCUCCGCCACUGAGCCACAUCUCCAGCCCCUCACUUGUUUCUCUUUUCCCAAGGGCUUGGAAAUUCAGGAUGUGUCUUGCAGUGUAGGAACCACAGGGUGAUGGGGCUGAAGUGGAGAAGCCAAGCCAAGCAACAGUACAAAUCUUGUCUGACCAACUCUGACUAUGUGCUUUAGACACCGCCUAAGCCUGAGAAGUGCUCUUCCUCGGUCCCACUGAUCCUUUUCCUGCCCCUCAUCCCAUGACAGGACAGUAAAGAGAUACAUUUGGAGGCAACAGAAGCUGCCCCUGAGUGCUGGGAUUAAAGGCAACACACCACCAAGCCAGGAGGCAGAGUGGUAACAAUCCGUAUUCCUCAUUUGGAGCAACUCUAGACAGGGAUGAUGAGAAGAAUUUAUGGAGCAUGCCUCAUGAUGUGUCCCACACAGAGGCGGAUGAUGACAGGAUCUUGUACAAUCUGAUAGUCAUUCGUAAUCAGCAGACCAAAGACUCGGAGGAAUGGCAGAGACUCAACUAUGACAUCUACAGCCUGCGGCAGAUUCGCAGGGAAGUGCGAAACAGAUGGAGGCGCAUCUUAGAAGACUUGGGUUUUCAAAGGGAAGCAGACUCUCUGCUGUCAGUGACCAAACUCAGCACCAUGAGUGACUCUAAAAACACGAGAAAAGCCCGAGAGAUGCUGUUGAAACUGGCCGAAGAGACUUCCAUCUUCCCAGCCAGCUGGGAGCUCUCCGAGAGGUAUCUCUUGGUCGUGGACCGUCUCAUUGCUCUUGAUGCCGCCGAAGAGUUCUUUAAAAUUGCUAGCCGAACUUACCCCAAGAAGCCUGGGGUCCCUUGCCUGGUCGAUGGCCAGAAAAAACUUCACUACCUUCCAUUUCCAAGCCCCUGAAGGCUGGCCUGGAAGAGGGACAGAGUUCUGUCACCAUGACAUAGUAAUUUACCAAAGUCGGACCACUGCCCGUGGUUGCAGAUGAGCCAGGAGACGGCUUUCUACACUCAAACACGAUUCUGAAUCCUACAGAACGUAGUGUCUUCCUCAGGACCUUAGCCUAAGAAGGUUACAUUAAAACACCUGGCAACUGCACUGAGAAAUGAAGUUAAAGAGUCGGCCGGUGGAUAGAUGUUCUUUUCUUUUUUCUUUCUUUCUUUUUUUUUCUUUGAGACAGGGUUUCUCUGUGUAGUUUUGGUGCCUGUCCCGGAACUCACUCUGUAGACCAGGCUGGCCUCGAACUCACAGAGAUACGCCUGCCUCUGCCUCCCGAGUGCUGGGAUUAAAGGAGGUGGGUAGUUUUUCAAGGAUAGUCGGAUUCCAAGAACUCAUCGCCUCCUUUGUUAUAUAAGCUACAGUCAUUCAUCCUGUGGAGGACUGGUGUUUUCUAAUCAACAAAAUAGUAUGACUAAUAGAGAAACAUGUAACUGAGCCCUUUAUUACUUCACCAGUUUUGAAAGUAAUCAUUAUUAAAUGUAAUACUAGACAGAAUGCCCCAAAUUUCAUAAAAUUCUAGGCCUUGUGUGGCCUCUCAUUGAUUUGGAAACACCUGUAGCAGCUCAGACACUGUUUUGAGCAAGAGGCAUGGUUGUUUAGAAGCAUAGGUGGGUCAGGCAAUAGAAAUGUGUAUUGACACGUAAAUGUCUUCAUUUGUGACACAGGCAUCCUAAACCCUCAACGUUAAUCCCCAGCCUCGAUGUUACCCAAUGACCUCAUUUUUUUUUACGUGUUGCCCAUUUCUAGUCCAAAAGCCCUUGGCGUUUUAUGAAUAGCAUCUAUAGACUGGAAUGUUUGGCCUCCAUUUCCUGUCUUGAACCUGUUUCCUGCUUAUCAGCUGAGGGUGGUACCUGCUGAGGGACCUUGGGGUGCACAUUUGUAGAUAUGCAGGCUGUGACGUAUUGACAGAGGUCACCUGUGGGUCUUCCAUCGGUCUGAACAUGAUUUUCAAAAUGGAGCUUGCCAAGAGUUCGUGGUUUGUUUUGUUGAAAAGCCUUUAAAGACUUAUAGGAUUUAUCAGUAGACUACUGAGAACAAUAGGAAUAUUUUUAUUUUUUAAUGAUUUUGCACUUCUAACUUCAGGUUGAAAACAAAGUCUGUUCGUGAGGUUGUGACUUGAAAAAUUUUAUAUCCUGGGAAGGAUUUCUGGCUUGUGUACUGAAUGUUUAAAAUAUUUACUAGGAAAUACAUGUCCUCUGUUCAUUGAUGCAUUGUAGACCAAUUUAACAGAUUCGUUCCCAGAGAAAUCUUCCUAGUUUAUUAAGUAAGCUGAAAGUUUUAUUUUUUUAAUAUUUAGUGCUUAAUCUCUGCCUCAUGUUGUUUGAGAUUGGCCCCUUGGAAAUUUUCACUCACUUCUGUGGGCUUUUAGAAAAUAAGCAAUAAAAUACACAAAAGAAAUCUGGGAACAUUGUAUUGUUUUAAUAUCUGUACUCAGAAUUUGUUUUGUCUUUUGUCUUUUUUGAUGUCAAAAUAGAUGAGUUUGACUGUGUCUGUGGAUUGUAAACUAUUACCAUACUUCUUAUUUUUGGUAAUGAACACGUAAGGAUUAUCUCUGUGGUAAUUAAAAUACAUAAAAUUACUCAGAAAUGUUUCUCCAAGGAAUUAAAAGACGUCUACGUGUGCUUCCGA